CCCAUCACGUGCCUCUCAAGCUCGUAAACCGAGAGUGUGGGCGCGCUGGUGAUUCAGGUAAACAUAUCUGACUGGGAACAGGUAUGCAUCACAAAAGUGCACGAAGCAGAGAAAAAAGUUCUGAAUACAUUCUACUCUCUGCGCUCUUCCUCGAGGGGGAACAUAGUAAGCUGCUGUUUCCAGUAAUAUGCAAACCAAAUGGAGGAGGUAUGCCUGGCUGUCCAGGAGCCACAAGAGAUGGGAUAUAAACAUGCAGAGGCAGAUUUAAAAGAGAUGAGGAAUGAUGAGGAAGAAGAGAAUCCUUUACUGCACAGGGACCUCAUUUUCAUGAAUAUGGCGAAGAUUGUGGACAUUAAGGAAGAGGACUAUAGUUGGGAGUCUGUGGACGGUCAGCUACAUAAUUCUGACAUGAAAGAGGAAGACUGUGAGGCGGCAGCAGUAAUCAAUAAAGACCCUGAACCAAUACCUGAUACAAAAGGCAUGCAGGAAAACGAACCUGUAAACGGCAUUGAGGAGGGAAGUGUUAAACCGGAGGCUGUCUCUCAAUAUGUGUGUUCACGUGAUCAUGUACCCGGAUCAAGCUUUACACCGAGUGGACCCCUCUCCAUACAGAAUCAUUCGGUCCAAGUGAAGUCCAAGGCUUUGGCAUCCGAUGUGAAGAGGCCUAAGAGAGUAUCAUACUUGAAAAGGAAACAGGACUUCAUGGCUCCAUUCAGGACCUGGAUUGACAAUGAGGAUCUCAUCAAGGAGGUCAGAAGGCGACCACACCUGCAUGAUUUGGCACACCAACACUACAAGGACAGAGACAAGAGAUUACAAGCAUGGCAUGAAAUUUCACAAAAACUUACACCUGAUUGGGCCCAGAUGUCCAUUGCCCAACAACGGAGUCGAGUAAAUGCAGUGAAAACGCGUUGGAGGACGAUAAAGGAUAAUUUCCUUCGUCAGGUGAGACAAAUCAAAGAAACCGGUGGUGGCUCAGCUGCUGGAACCGCACAGACAAUUCUUCGCUUUAAGGAAUUGCGGUUCCUGUUACCAAUAGUUGAAGGAGCAAGUACUUUUUUCAGCAUGGAGGGUUCUAAACCCUCGCCUUGUGGUGAAGAGGAUGGAAGCAUCACUACAAAUGGGGACAGUAUGCAUCCAUCAGCACGGACUUCAGAAGUAACUGCAGUUCAGGUUAAAGAAGGAGAAAGAGAGAAGACACAGCCAAAGGAAAACAAUCAAAAAACAGCUGCUAAUGAUGUUAUGGGGGAGCAAGUCACCAUUAUGCGGGGUAUGGCAGAUCGUUCCGAAAAUGAGCUCUGCAGUGACUUUCAUUUUUGCAUGAGUAUUGUGCCAUUAAUGAGGGUGGUACCCAGAGAUCGAGUACUUGAUUUGCGAAGUGACAUGUUAAAUGUCAUUAAAUUUUAUACACGGUCUAAUAAUACUUCUUCUGCAGCUCCUGUAGCCAACCAAUUCAACCAAAAUCACCACCUAUAACAUCGGUGGUUUCCAGUACUGCCUCACUAACACCUUAUUAUCCGCAGCACUGUCCUUCUUGUGGAAUGUUUUCUCACUACCAAAGUGGGUCAUAUUUAGAUACCCAUCCACCUUCCCACCCCCUGAUCUGCUCAAUGAACUCGCCCCUUUUGUUAUUAAUAGGCUACCAACCCUUCCACGUUUCCCCCGACAUGAACAAUGAUGUUUCUUGCAUUGUGAACAGUACUUAGGGGGGCUAACAUCUUUCUUGUCCUUCUACUUGAUCACAUAUGUUUUGCCCCUUGCACCACAGUAUACCUUCAGCCGACCGAGUUCACCAAACAUAUCACAGUAGUUUUGUUGUAAAGUGCCGUAUGUUAUCAGUUUCAUGAUCUGUGUCAACACCAGAUGACCAAUUUACAUUAUCACUAUCAAUUGAUUCUGCUAGUGGUUUGUUUUCAGUUUUGUUAUAAAACUGGCGUGAUGGCUUUGUUUAAUAUUCUUUUUGUUGAAGACUCCGCCCCUUUCAAAAAUAUUGAUAGCUAGCAUAAAUUGGCAGACUGCAGAGAAAAAUCCAUGCAUUUUGUUUGCAGUAUGAUUUUGUUUUAUGUAUAAAAUGGCAGUUGAAUACUGUCCCAACUCUCCACAUUUCAUCAAAACUGAUUAACUCAAGUAGGACUCUGGAAUAGCUAUAUGUCAGCCACUUGGUUCCUUAACAGAUAAAACUGUCAGAUUGCAAGCCCUUGAUAGACUGAGGUCAGUGGAACAGCAACAGAUGCAGACACAGAAAUGUAAUUUGAAAAGAAGUGCAAUUUAUUGUGCAACAAAUGGCAAAAACAGUCACAAAUGUUGUGUAUUUCAAAAAGGCAAAGAAAAACAAAAAAUAUACUGUACAAAUUGCACCCAUCCAAUUGUUCUUUUGGGGUCCUUCUGUCAAAUACAGAUUCAUAUUAUUAACUGACUCCUGUUCUCUAGCAACACUGUACAUCAUCCUGCUCACCCAGCUUAUUCUCCCUUUCCACUUCCCCGAAAGGCUUCUAUGAACUCUCCCAGUAAUCAGCUGACAAGGGACCUGGACACCCAUCCACCUGUUGCGCGUCUCAUGCACCUUUAAACCUGGGAGCUAUCCACACACAUGCCUGAUCACGAGGUGCUGCUAGCUGUCGCCCAUACACACCUCCCAACACGCGCACUGGUCGUCCUCAGCGAACAUUGCUGUGCCCUAUCUUAAGGCCAUAUUUAUAUAUUUUUAUAUAUCUUUUUUCAUGGACAGGCACCUCUCUAUACAUAGUCAUUCCUUAAUGAUUGUCCCAUAAGAACAAAAGAAAUGUGGCAAAAAAUAGGGGACCAAUCAGUCCAUCAAGCUGGUUUGUUUAGCUAAGCUGUCCCAAUUUUUCAUCCAGAUCUUUCUUAAGGGUUUUCAAGGUUUCUGCUUCACCUCCAUGUCUCUGUUGUUUGUUUGUUUGUUCCUGAGUCCCACAACUCUUUGUGUUAAGUGCUUCCUGGCUUUAGUCCUAAAUGCUCAUCCCCUUAAUUUCCUCUGAUGACCUCGACUUUGUGAGUCACUUUGUUCAGGAUCCUCCCCUCAUCACACUAGCAGAAGUGGUCCUUAACUCCUUCUGUGUCUUUUUUUUUUUUUUUAUCUUGCCAGUAGAGUUGCAGUGGUUACUAUAAUGGGAUAUAGUUAAGCCAACAUAUUUAUUGGCUGGGCAGAAGAAUUUUUUUCUUCCGAGCCAAGCUUUCUUUCAGACAAAAGGUAUAUUGACGAUUGUUUUGUUGCUGCCGUACAUCCAACAAUUCGGGUACAGGAAUUCAUUAUUGAUUUUACUAGCUUCCAUCCAUCUCUUGGGUUUACAUUCCUCCUUUACCUGUGUAGGCAUCUGUCUUUCUGUCGGCUUUCUGGGACUUAAAACCAUUGUCUGUUACAAGUUAGCUUCCCUACAGCUCCUUCCAUAU